GGAUUCUGUAAAUGUAUGUUAGAAAGUUUAAAUCUGGGAAUCCAUAGUAUAGUAUGUACAAUGCUAAGAGCCCUUAGAAAUUGAAAAGUAUAAUUGUGUUAAUCCCAUUGAAGGAGUAAUUGAGAUUUUCAGAACUCCUCAUCAAUAUUUAACCUUUGUAACAUCUCAUUCAACAAGUACCUUUAACAUCCCCCUUGAAUUCAAUCAACAAGUGCCAUUAGUACAAAUGUUUAAUGCAAGGCUUUAAGUACAGCUGCUACCUUGUCAAAACUAAUAUUCUCAAACAGAGAAACCCGAUUAGUACAAGGCAGGUAAGGGACUUUAUUUCCAGUUUGAAAGGUUUUUAUCUACAGAGCAGGUCCCCAAACUCUGAAUUGUAGCGAAUUUAAAUCUAAAUGGAAAUAUUUAGGCAAACAUAGCUUAAUUUGGGCAGUUCUACAAAACUAUUUUAGCCUUAAUUUCACAAUUUGGAUUUUACUUUGAUUAUUUUUAACAUUUUAUUUUAUACAAUCUUGGGAAAACACCGGAAUGUUUGCAGUUGCUGAGGACAAUAAUUACUUAAAGGACCACUCUAGGCAUCCAGACCACUUCAGCUUAAUGAAGUGGUCUGGGUGCCAGGUCCAGCUAGGGUUAACCCAUUUUUUAAUAAACAUAGCAGUUUCAGAGAAACUGCUAUGUUUAUUAAUGGGUUAAGCCUUCCCCCUAAUCCACUAGUGGCUGUCUCAUUGAUUUUCAAAGUGAGAGCACGCCAGCGUCCAUAGGAAAGCAUUGCUUUCCUAUGUGACCGGCUGAAUGCGCGCGCAGCUCUUGCCGCGCGUGCGCAUUCAGCCGACGGGGAGGAGAGAAGGAGGAUCGGAGGAGGAGAGCUCUCUGCCCAACGCUGGAAAAAGGUAAGUUUAAACCCCUUUCCCCUUUCCAGAGCCGGGCGGAUUUUCACAGUGAGAAGACGCAAGCGUCCAUAGGAAAGCAUUGGGAAUGCUUUCCUAUGAGACUGGCUGAAUGCGCGCGGGGCUCUUACCGCACAUGCGCAUUCAGCCGAGGAGGAGAGCUCGCCCGGCGCUGGAAAAGAGGUAUGUUUAGCCCCUUCCUCACCCUAGACCCCGGUGGGAGGGGACCCUGAGGGUGGGGGCACCCUCAGGGCACUAUAGUGCCAGGAAAACGAGUGUUUUAAGGUCCUUUAAGGGCACAGUUGGUAGAUAUUUACAUUGAGCUUUAGGCUAAAAGAAAGCUAAAAUGCCAUGUCUAAGGGUUUUGCAGUUUGUGCAGCAGUGCCUUUAAUACUUCCAGGCUAUUCCAGGUAUCUACUACCCUUUCUAUAUCACUGUUACUGCUCCCACUGGAAGGCUAUUCCAGGUAUCUACUAUCAUUUCUUUAUCACUGUUAGCCUUUACUGCUCCCACUGGAAAGCUAUUCCAGGUAUCUACUACCCUUUCUAUAUCACCGUUACCGCUUCCACUGGAAGGAUAUCCCAGAUAUCUACUACCCUUUCUAUAUCACUGUUACUGCUCCCACUGGAAGGCUAUUCCAGGUAUCUACUACCCUUUCUAUAUUACUGUUAACCUUUACAGCUUUCACUGGCCAUACAAGGCCAUACAUGCUGCCUCAUUACUAAUUUUGAUGUCCUUGAAACUUUUUUUCUUUUUAAGUUAAUCAGCAUUUUUGCUUAAACACAGCUAGUCCGUUAACAUGGCUGUAAAUGUGACUCUCCUAUAUUCAAGGCCAGUUGGGUGGGUGAUUGUGCCCUGGAUUUAUCUGCAUUUACUACAGGGAUGAGUGGCCUUUGUCUCUUUAUUGUACUGUAGAACACGUGUUUGCGUGGUGUCUGCCUGCUAUACCCAGCCAGUUGGAGUAGCAGGCAUUAGGGAGCAGGUUUAACCAGCAUAUAUAAUGUGUUCAGACAUGUUUCAGGUGACUAAUGUGCCAGAGAAUUAUAGUGUUGCCUUAGUUCCUGCCCCAAUCUAUGGGGCAUAUAGAUCUAGGUUUGCAUCCUAUUGCCUGGGCCCUAUGUAUUGGGUGAGGUGUGUUUAAUUUGAAGAGUGUACAAACUGUUUGUACUAUGUUAGCUUGGUAUACGUGGUCUGUGUAGAUUUUAACCUUUGGUUUAUAUACAACCUUUACAUCCAUAUGGACUUACUAGUUGCCUAAGUGAUUUUCGUUGGGUGCCCCCUCAUGACUUACUACACGAAGGACAGUACCAGAAACACAGUUAACAAGUCUAUGCAUUAGUAUUGCAGUUCAUUGCAGUAUUUAUUUAAACUGUAUCUAUUCUCUUUAGAUCAAAUACACACUAAUAGAUGAGCAGGAUAUCCCUCUGGUGGAUAAUUAUUCGUUUGAGGUAAGAAUGGUCUAACAUACUAUAAUUUAUUCUUUUCUGCAUCUUCCUCUAUAAGGUUGGGAAAAAGUAAAUGAUUAUUUUAAUAAAAUAAAGGGUGUGUGUAUAUAUCUCUAUAUCACGACAGCUCGCACUUGCCACAUCCCGCAAAACGAUGACCACCUGUAUGUGUAUAUAUAUUGCGCACACACACACAGAAAUCACAAAUUUGCAGUGAUGUUAUUACCGCAAAGGAUUCUGGGUGGGCAUAUGCGAAUUAGUUUAACAAAGAAUCACACUUGGGAAAAGAUGCAAAACCAGUGAACCACUCAUGAAACAGCUGUGUGUGUAAACGACAGAAGGGCUGCGCCACAUGCAAUAAAAUAUAAUAAAAAGGUAGAUAAAAAUAAAUUAAAAGUAAAUACUGCGAGUCUUAUUCCAGAUGUGGAAAUUGACACAUAUAAGAUAGUCUCUUAUUCAGGAGGUAGGUUCUUGGUACUUAGCGGGUCUUGUAGUCUUGGUUCUCCAUAUGUGGUUGAGAAGAAACACAAAGAAGACCUAAUAGUGCAGUAAGCCAAGGCUAAAUAGGCCUGUUAUUAAAUAGUAGCAUUGCACUCACAUUUGAAAGAGCUAUCACCAGCUCUAGCAUGAAUCGCCUAUAGUGGUAUAAUCACCACUAUUUAGGAUGUGGUGAUGGUGGGUCUUGGCUGGUAGUUGUCUGGAUGCUCAAAGACAAGAAAUAAAAGAAAGGCCACAGAUAGUGCUCUCAGUAAGACACAGUAAUUAAAUGAAUAUAAAGGUUCUACUUACAGACAUAGUCAGCCUGCCUGAAUAAGAGACUAUCUUAAAUGUGUCAAUUUGCACAUCUGGAAUAAGACUCGCAGUAUUUACUGUUAAUUUAUUUAUAACCACCCUUUUAUUAUAUUUUACUUCAUUUUAUUGCAUGUGGCGCAGCUCUUAUCUGUCUUUUACUUUUGUACUUUCUUGAAGGGUUAAGAGGGAUCCACUUUUACUGGGUUGCUGCCUUAUUGUUCGUUUUCAUUGUUAUCUAGCGCUGACCCAUUUGUGUAUUCUUGUUCUAUAUUAUAUAUAAUCUAUCUCUGUGAAUUUGGCUUAAUCGUCUAGUGAUCUUUACCUUGCUGCAAGUCUUAAUGGAGAGCUCCAAGCCCCAUGACCAAUACAUAAUGCAGUAAUGGUCCUAGGAUUGCCCUGACCUCUCAGAGUAGUCAAACGGUUUAGAAAUGGUUUCACCUUUUACUUGGGUCCUGCUGGGCGCAUAUCGUUGCCUGACUUGGUACCAGAACCACCUGCACUCUCAGCUGAUGAGGGCAGCGGAUUCAAAGUUGUUCCUGGCUAUGUAGCAGAGCUUUUAAACAGUUUGACUGCUUACUCUGUGAUGUGGCCAGAGAAUGCCUGGCAUUGGGCUGUAGUGAUUAUGGUGCUUGGAAGGUUUCCUAUUAAAGGGUAUGAUAAGAUUACAUUUUGCAAACCUUGUCAUGUAAGGAGACAAAUUGCUUACUGCUUCUAUAAAUUCCCCCAUACAAAUACAUUUAUUGGAUUCAUAGUCAAUUCAGGGUUAAAAGAACACUAUAGAUACUAUAGCUGCUUCAUCUGGUGAAUGAAAUGGUUAUACUACCUACAGUGUCCCUUUGUUUUUAGUAGGAUUUUGGAUUGUUAUUUAAGACGCCAUGGUGUGUGUGUGUGUGUGUGUGUGUGUAUAUAUAUAUAUAAUUCCUUCUUCAUGAAUCAUGUCUGGCAGGUGACUUAUUUUAUGAACACAUUGAAGUGUGCUCCAGUCAGACUGUUAGUAUUUAUGUCUUGGCGCUUAAUCAUUUAGUAAUCUCCCCUGGUGGGGUUAUCAGGAAAAAAAAAAAAAAUGCACGUAUUUGUGUUUUUGAUUUAAGGAAUUUAUUUGCUUGAUUUUUAUUUUCAGGCUCGAAUGGACGUUGAUGCCGAUGGCAACGGUGCCAAGAUAUUUGCAUAUGCAUUUGACAAGUAUAAAGGAAGGGGCUCUGGUCGGCUGCUGCAUGAAUUAUUGUGGUCUGUAUCAGUGUUUAAGAGCUCAUUCACUCCAGCUUUGUUACGUUCUACGGGUCUCUUUUUGAGCUUGUGCAAACUCUGUUCAUAAUUAUUUUUGAGUUUUAAAUGUGUGGCUGCUGCUUAUUUAUUUUAUUUUCCCCUUUUCUUUCUACCUUCACAAAAUGAACUCGGACGGGGACAUUGUGGCGUUAAAGGACCACUAUAGUGCCAGGAAAACAUACUCGUUUUCUUGGCACUAUAGUGCCCUGAGGGUGCCCCCACCCUCAGGGUCCCACUCCCGCCCGGCUCUGGAAGGGGGAAAGGGGUUUAAACUUACCUUUUUCCAGCGCUGGGCGGGGAGCUCUCCUCCUUCUCUCCUCCUCCGAUCCGCCCCGUCGGCUGAAUGCGCACGCGCGGCAAGAGCUGCGCGCGCAUUCAGCCGGUCACAUAGGAAAGCAUUCAUAAUGCUUUCCUAUGGACGCUGGCGUGCUCUCACUGUGAAAAUCACAGUGAGGAGCACGCAAGUGCCUCUAGUGUCUGUCAAUGAGACAGCCACUAGAGGAUUAGGGUGAAGGCUUAACCCAUUAAUAAACAUAGCAGUUUCUCUGAAACUGCUAUGUUUAUAAAAAAAAAUGGGUUAAUCCUAGAAGGACCUGGCACCCAGACCACUUCAUUAAGCUGAAGUGGUCUGGGUGCCUAGAGUGGUCCUUUAAAUAUGGCUUGAUUGCAUGGUUUCUUACCCCUGUAGUCCAUUGUUGGCUAACCUUGCUAAAUAUUAUAAAUUGCUCAACUACAUUUCCGGUGAUGCAUAGCCUGGAUUAAAGGGACACUGGGUACAAAACUUCAACUGAUUGAGUUUGUCAGCGCUGGGUCCCAUAUCAUUAUUACGUGGUUUACCCACUGUUUAACAUAGAUGCUCGGUCCCCUGCAGCCAAGCCCCCAAUUUCAAUAUGGAGAAUGUCUGCUAAACCUUCCAUUAUACCAGCUCCAGGGAUUGUAAUCAGCUGUGAGCGCUCAGCUGAUACGCUCAGACUGUUACUCAGGUAUGGUGUGAGGCAGAGCAUAACUCCGCUGUGUCAUAUUGUUAUUGGGGGGCCAAGUUGCAGGAUGUAAGGGAACGAGCAUCUGCUAAAUGGUGAGUAAACAAUCAUUUGCAGUUGUUAUUUACAAUAUUGUUUUUUCUUUCUUUGCCCAUUUCUGCUGCCUUCUCUUGGUCAUGUUUUUGACUUUUUAGAUUGUUUUGAAAUGUGACAUCUGACCUGUAUCAACAAAUUGUUUUAACUAUGUAUAUUUAUAUUGAUGCCUCUUAUAAACAAUUAAAAUAAAUUAAAAAUACAGCCUUUACUUGAUGCAUUCUUACGUGGAUCCUGACCCUUUUUUUUUUUUUUUUUUUUUUUAGGCAGCGACACAAGGGAGGCAUUGCACCAGGAUUUGAAGUAAUCCAUUUAAAUGGUAUCACGGUUGAUAAUCGAUUGGAUAAUCUGAAAGUGGUUCUUCGAGGAAGGAGGCCAGAGGUAGAAGAGGUUUCUAGCAAGCAAAGGUAACUAUAUAUGAAUUUCAAAUAAUACAGACCAUAGUUACUGGUCUUUAUUGUAGUGAGUGUUUUAAGAUCAUCUUAUACCUUGUUUCCCCAAAAAUAAGACAUCCCCAGAAAAUAAGCCCUAGCUUAUUUUAGGAGGAUGCUCGUAUUCUAAGCCCUACUCCGAAAAUAAGCCCUAGUCGCUAGUCAAACAUUGAUUUGCGGGAUUCCAUUCGCAACUAAGCUAAUCUAUGUUCGGGUAAGUUUCCCUGAACAUAGAUUCGCAGGAUUUGCUUUGCAAUUAAGCUAAUCUGUGUUCUGGGAAAUUUCCAGUUCACUAGAAAAUCGACCUGUUUACUAGGGCAUUAAAUCCUGCUAAUCUAUGUUCUAGGGAACUUCACCCAAACGUAGACCUGCUUUCUACCACAUGCUUGCUACCAUUUCCCCCCGAAAAUAAGCCCUAGUGUGUUUUUCAGGGGAAAAAUUAAUAUAAGACCCUGUCUUAUUUUCGGGGAAAGACGGUAUUAUGGUCCUACACUUAUAACUGGCUUAGAUUGAAGUGUUUUGCUGUAUUUUAUAUUUUAGGGAGCAGUCUCUGUAUUGGCUCGCUAUUCAACAACUCCCCACAGACCCCAUAGAAGAUUUGUUUCCACUACUAAACGUCACACGCUGCUAUAAUGCCAACGGAGAAGUGGUUCGAGAGGAAGAGAAUUCCUGUACUUAUUAUGAAUGCCAUUACCCUCCCUGCACAGUAAUGGAGAAACAGGUAUGUCAUGCCACCGAAAAUGGCAUAAAGACUGCGUUCUUAAAGGACCACUCGACAUCCCAGAAGAGAUUUGUUUGCUAAAGUGCUUUAUUGGUUCGGAGUAUCCUGUUUUACCACAGUUUAUAAAAGUGCAGAUUUUCUAUGACAAAUUGGCACUUCUAUUAAUAUAUUCUCGAACAACCCUCUGGCAGUGAAACAGCCAGGGAGGUUUGCUGCCUCCUUCCAUUGGCUCCCCUGAGCUAACGAAAGUGGCAGACGUGCUCUACUUAAUUGUUGAGGUAUGGAAUAGAUUAGCUAUAUCUGUAUAGUUGUUGUGUGUGUUUUUAUAUAUUUAUAUAUAUAUAUAUAUAUAUAUAUAUAUAUAUAUAUAUAUAUAUAUAUAUUCUCUCGUUUGUUGUAGACUGCAUCCUUGACUCAUUCUGCAAUUAAUCUUUCUGUAUUUCAGUUGCGUGAGUUUAAUAUUUGUGGCAGAUGCCAAUUAGCACGAUACUGUGGUACCCAGUGCCAACAGAAAGACUGGCCCGCUCACAAAAAGCACUGCUGUGAAAAGAUCCGGAUUUUGCAGUACGAACCUGAGCCAGAGCGAUGA